CAUUUUUCGCAGGAAGGAGAGGGCAUUGGAAUUUGCUCUGAGUCCAGAUGGUUAUGCAAGAUGCCAGGAGGAGGAAGCUGAGAGGGGAGUUGGUGAGUCACAGGAGAGAAGCUGCACAGCUUGGCUAGCAACAAGCCUGUAGAGCAGCGAGGAAGCCUAAGCCACUAACAAGUUGAGACUUCACUUCUUAUGCUCAAUGCCCAGUGAAAUCACCUGAAUUUUAGAAACUGAUACUCAAGAGACAGUCGUGUGCAUUUUAGAAAAAGACAAGUUUCAGUUUCUUCGUGGAUCUCAUUCAGGUCUUCCACUUCAGCAUGGUACUACCCCCAAAAAUGAAGCUACUGCUAUUCCUGUCUUCCCAGAUGGCCAUCUUUAUCCUGUUCAUCCAUCUCUACAGCUACAACUUCAACUCCCAGAAUAUGAAGGAGGAACCCAAGCCCACACACAUGCAUGUGCUGGUCCUGUCUUCGUGGCGCUCUGGCUCUUCUUUUGUGGGGCAGCUUUUUGCACAGCACCCAGAUGUCUUCUACCUGAUGGAGCCUGCCUGGCACGUCUGGAUGACCUUCACACAAAGCACUGCCCAAAGGCUGCACAUGGCAGUGCGGGAUCUGAUACGGGCUGUCUUUCUGUGUGACAUGAGUGUCUUUGACGCCUACAUGAAACCUGGGCCCCGAAAACAGUCCAGCCUCUUCCAGUGGUACACCAGCCGUGCCCUGUGUUCCCCACCUGCCUGCAACGUCUUGCCACAAGAUGAGACCAUAUCCCAGUCUGACUGCAAGAUUCUGUGCCAUCAACAGCCCUUUGAGGUGGUAGAGAAGGCCUGCCACUCCCACAGCCACGUUGUGCUCAAGGAGGUGCGCUUCUUCAACCUGCAGGUGCUCUACCCACUGCUGAGAGACCCUUCCCUUAAUCUGCACAUUGUACAUCUAGUCCGGGACCCCCGGGCGGUAUUCCGUUCCCGAGAACGCACUGCGCAGGAUCUCAUGAUUGACAGCCACAUUGUGAUGGGGCAGGACUGGCAGAAACUCAAGAAGGAGGAUCAACCAUACUAUGCAAUGCAAGUCAUCUGCCAAAGCCAGCUGGAGAUCUACAAGGCUGUGCAGUCCUUGCCCAAAGUCCUAAGGCAGCGCUACCUGCUCAUGCGCUAUGAGGACUUGGCCCGGGACCCCCUGGCCCAGACUGCCCGAAUGUAUGAAUAUGUAGGGUUGAAAUUCUUGCCCCAGCUCCAGACCUGGGUGUACAAUAUCACUCGAGGCAAGGGCAUGGGGGAGCACGCCUUCCAGACAAACGCCAGGAACGCCCUGAGUGUCUCUCAGGCCUGGCGCUGGUCCCUGCCUUACGAAAAGGUUUCUCGACUUCAGAAAGUCUGUGGGAAUACCAUGAAUUUGCUGGGCUACCACCUUGCCACAUCUGAGCAAGAGCAGAAAAACCUAUCACUGGAUCUUUUGUCUACUUGGAGUCCCUACCAGCAAAUCUACCAAGAGGGUUGAGGAGGUUCUGUCUCCACCUGGCACCAGCUUCAGCCACAUUAACUGAAGGCUGCUUCUGAGUCUUGAUUGUGUGUGUCGGUGUAUGCGUGAGUAUGAGUUGUGCCCACACGUGUUCAACUCGAGAAAUCUUUGCUCAUGUCUAGAAAAGAGACUCAGGACUCACUUAUGUGAGUGGCACAUUCCACCAUCAAAAUGGGAGUAAUGCCUUUCCUCUCUUCUUGACCUUCUUAUCUGUGUAUACCUCAGAGACUUCGUGGCCUGGGUCCUCUGUGGCACCAUACAGUAUCACUGGAGUAAAUCCAUAGACCUCUUGGUUCACAUCUUGCCCAGCAGGACAGGACAGAGAUGGGAAAGACCAGGGAAAUGGGUCUGUCACCAAAGGGCCCAUCAGCACAUUCAACAGACAUGUGAACUCUGAGCCCUCAGAGCUCCCUAUGGAUUCAAAAGAGAAUGGGGAACAGGGCUGGAUGCUUACCUGUGAGCUUGGCCAUCACAGCUACCAGUUACCACAAAUAUGAAACAAAACCUCUGCGCAACAGCAAGCUUUUAAGUUUAUGGCAUGACUGGGCCUGAUUUGGACAUCUGAGUUCCCCUCAGUGUUUACCUGUGAAGCUGCCAUCUGUUAAUACUAAAACCUGUUAACACUUAAAUUCCAAAAUAAGAUUCUGUUUGGAGUGCACCUUUUUAUGUUUUCUAAUUACUUAGUAGUAAAUGCUCAUUCACAUGGGUUCCUAACUAAGAGCAUAAUCAUCUUUAUAGAUUUUAAAAAAUAAUUGUUAUUAUCUAUCACCCACAUACAGAAAAAAUUGCUAUGAUAGUGUCUGGUUUAGAUGAUGUACUAAUUCUAAACUGAUCAAUACUAAUCGAUACAUUGCCCUCUUAAGAAUUUAAAUGGAGAAUAGAAAGUAGACAGCCAGGGGCUAAGCCCUUUCUUGUGUGAAGCAGAAGUUGUAAUAAUACCAGAGUCAUCACUCAAGAUUCUAGAGUUCUUUGACUAUCACCCCUCAGUCAGAGGACCUCGGUUAUAGUAUGAUUGGUUCUAUUCAGCUCUUCCUGAUCCCCUCCCCUAACAAGAAAAGUUGUUUCUCACAGUCUUUGCAGCAUUCCCCAGAUCUACUUGCGUAUCGGAAUCACCUGUUAAAAAUAUGUUUUGCUGUGCCCGACCUCAGAUCUGCUGGAACUGGAAUCUCCCAGGGGAGGCUGGGACUCUGUAUGUUUAUCAAGUGACCCUGGGUGACUCUUCCACAGCCAGCCUGAUAAUACACAGUACACCCUGCCCUGGGCAGCAGCACUGUUUGCCUUCUUGCUUCACGACAGGUGAUUUUUCAGCCAUGCUGAGUAUCUCGGCCAUUCACUCCUGACCUGGGUGCUGUCCUUAGAUUAGAAGGAAUAGGAGGAAGGUCUAUAUAUGUCUGGAACACUGUGGACUUCUGAGUCCUGACUUUUCAAAUAUUUCACUUUAUUCACAUCUGAGAGAUAGCCAUCAUUUCAUCUUUCCUUUUGUUCUCACUCCCACUUCUGACAUGGUCCUCACCUCACAAAGUUCCCUCAGUGUCAUACGGGCAUUCUGCCACUCAAUUCUGCUGAGUAGCCAUAGGGCUGCGCCACUGCCUGAGACACCUUUGCCAGCUGGGUCUUUAAAGUUAAUUUAUAUGGCUUUAGAGGAGUGAAUUUAUUCUAAUAUCCAGAUCCAAGCCACUCUAGACCCUCUUGAGAGCCUGGGAUCUCCCAGGAAAAUGCUUCUUGCCUCUACAAACCUUCCAAAACUAUGAAAGAGUAAAAUCUCCCCAACAUUGAAAAUGAGGCCAGGGCAGUAUGUAAGAGUGCAAACAGAGUGAA